AUGAAGAGAAGUACUGGGACAGAAGAUAUUGAAAAUCCAGUUGGAUUUCCAAAGUUGGAUUUUUCACAAAGCGAGUUUAACAUCGAUUUUGAAAAACCUCUUGUACAGUUGCGUUCAUAUUGGCGAUUUUUGUUACGCGGUGAAACAUCGUUGCUGGAGCUCCAUAGUUUAUUUCGGUGCUCAGCCGAUUUUGGAACGGCUGUGGAAGAAGGACAGGCGCCGAAAAUUCAAGAUUUCAAUAUGUUCAAAUAUCCCUCAUCAUUUUUGUUCAUUCACGAUACGCCUAUACGGGAAUGGAUGAAAAAGAAGCCAAAUGAAUUUGGCCCAACGCAAGUGAAGUCUUUGGCUUCUGGUACCAAGAUAAAAGAUUUGGUAUGUCGUCUCGGCUACCCGUAUGUCUAUGUUCAUCAGGGAAAAUGCGAGCAUGUUUUUUAUUUUACGGAUUUGCGAUUGAUGGAUGUGCAGGAUUAUCCGAUAGAUUUUCCGCAAAAAUUGUCCGAUACAAGCGUGGAAAAUUACUGCGUGACAUGUCAUAGACGGAUAGCCGACUGGAUUGUUGAGAGCGACAGUUUUCCGAUUUAUCCAACGCAUAUGUGCGAUGACUGCUACCGCAGCUUCCAUUUCAUCGUCAAAUAUCGCCGUGAUAUCGAUUCUAGAGCCUAUGUUUAUGUGGAUCCAUCCAAUUUGCAAUUGUGA